ACUUCCCCUCCUCAGACUUGCAUUUAAACCAGCAAUCAUGCAAGAACAAUUCGAGCCUUUGAAGAACGACCUGCUGCUGAGGGCUGCACGGGGUGAGAAGGUGGAGCGUCCCCCGAUUUGGGUUAUGCGACAGGCUGGUCGCUACCUUCCCGAGUACCACGAAGCCAAAGGCGGCCGUGACUUCUUCGAAUGCUGCCGCUCGCCCGAGAUCGCGUCGACUUUGACUCUUCAGCCCAUUGACCGAUACGAUGGCCUCAUCGAUGCAGCCAUCAUCUUCUCCGAUAUCCUGGUCAUCCCGCAGGCCAUGGGAAUGAAGGUGGAAAUGGUGGAUAAGAAGGGCCCGCAUUUCCCCGAGCCGCUUCAGUCGCCGACGGACGGACAGUACGAGAAGGUGAUGGCGAAGGAUGUGGACGUGAAGGCAGAGCUGGACUACGUAUACAAGGCUAUUUCGCUCACACGCUUCAAGCUCAAAGGCCGCGUUCCGCUCAUUGGUUUCUGUGGUGCGCCGUGGACGCUGCUGUGCUACAUGGUCGAGGGCGGUGGCAGCAAGCUCUUCGUCCAGUCCAAGACCUGGGUUUACAAGUACGCGAAGGAGUCUCAGGCACUGCUUCAGAAGAUUGCCGAGAUCUGUGUGGAAUACCUGGCACUCCAGGUUGCCGCCGGUGCCCAGCUGGUGCAAGUCUUCGACUCGUGGGCCGGUGAGCUGUCGCCUGCUACGUUCGCCUCGCACUCGCUCCCGUACCUGCGUCACAUUUCCACCAACCUGCCCAAGCGAUUGAAGGAGAUGGGCCUGGAGCCCGUCCCCAUGACUGUCUUUGCCAAGGGUGCAUGGUACGCUCUGGAUGACCUUUGCGAGUCGGGCUAUAACGUUGUGGGUCUGGAUUGGCUGCAUGACCCCGCCGAGGCGAUGCGUAUUGCCAACGGCCGGGUGACAAUUCAGGGCAAUGCCGACCCCGGCAUGCUCUAUGGAGGCCGUCCUGCUAUCACUGCCACCGUGGAGAAGAUGGUCGAGGGCUUCAAGAAGGGCAAGCAGGGUUGGAUUUGCAACUUGGGACACGGCGUCACUCCGUUCGUGGACCCGGAACAUCUCAAGUUCUUCUUUGAGGAGAUUCACCGUCUCACGGUAUAGUCAGUACCUUCGCCUAAC